UCCUGCAGCAGUGGAAGACGAUUUCAGGCAUCAUGAAUCGCCUAAUGCUUGUGACUGUGGCUGUGGCGGCCAUGGCUUAUGUGGCAGCAGCUGGUGGAAGUUAUGGUGGAGGCGGUAGAGGAGGUGGAGGCGGAGGUGGAUUCGGCAGUGGUGGAAGAGGUGGAGGAGGAGGAGGAUUUGGUGGGCACAGAUUUGGUGGAGGUGGAGGAGGAUUUGGAGGCAGUGGAGGUGGAUUUGGAGGCAGUGGAGGUGGAUUUGGCGGCAGUGGAGGUGGAUUUGGAGGAAGUGGAGGUGGAUUCGGCGGCGGCCGAGGCGGUGGGGGAUAUGGCGGAAGUGGAGGCGGAAGCGUAAACCGUGGAGUCUUGAUCGGCGCUGGUAGACUGUCUGGAGGUGGCGGUGGAUUCGGAGGCAGUGGUGGAUUCGGAGGCAGUGGUGGAUUCGGAGGCAAUGGUGGAUUCGGAGGCCAUGGUGGAUUCGGAGGCAGUGGUGGAUUUGGAGGCAGCAGUGGAGGUGGUUUCGGUGGUGGCCGUGGUGGUAGCUAUGGAAAGUAAUGUGAAAAGUUUUCCCUGAGAAACAUAUGGCAUGAGCAACCGAAAUAAAGAUAA